CUCUCGUCGUUGCCCCUCCUCAGUCCUCUUCUCCCGCCUUUCUCUUGUCUUUCUUGCAGCCCUAAAUCAGCCGACCGCGUGAACUCUCCUUUGCUUCUCUCUGCAAAAACGGUGCAUACGGCGUCUAAAGUAGCACAAAUAAGUAAUGGCUUCGGAGGUGGAGACGUAUACGGACCCGGUGAACUUGAAGGUGAGAGAGCUCUUGAAGGAGGUUCAUCUUGACUACUCUCCCGAAACUACUAAGUACGUCCACGACGUUGUUUCAUCAAUCAAAGAAGCCAUUGAUCAAAUCCCCGAAAACUUGCAGGUUUUGGCGGAUGUGGCAUCGGGUUUUGUUAGAGACAUUGGUGCAGAUAAAGUCGAAUUCCAGUUCAAGAAGCCAAAAUCUAUUGAGAUUGGUGGUAGUUAUUCUAUACAAUGCAUUGCAAAGCCUGAUGUAAAUAUUGACCUCCUUCUUCGGUUGCCAAAGGAGUGUUUUCACGAGAAAGACUAUCUGAAUCAUCGGUACCAUGCCAAAAGAUGCCUUUAUCUCUGCAUAAUCAAGAAGUAUUUAAAUCUUUCUUCGUCAGUCCAAAAUGUUAGGUGGUCUACUUUCCAAAAUGAGGCUCGAAAACCUAUAUUGGUUGUGUAUCCUGCUGUGAAGCUUUUUGAAAACCCUGGAUUGGUUGUGAGGAUAAUUCCUACAGCAACAUCCCUGUUUAGUGUUGCAAAGUUGAAUUUGGAGCGUAACAAUGUCCGUGCUGUGAAUCAAGGGGAUGUGUUACAAGCUACACCAAAGUACAAUAGUAGCAUACUGGAGGACAUGUUUCUUGAAGAUAACACAGAAUUCAUCAGGAGAACUUUUCUUGAAUGGAAGGAAUUGAGAGAGGCUUUAAUUUUGUUAAAAGUCUGGGCUCGGCAGAGAAGUUCCAUAUAUGCUCAUGAUUGCUUGAAUGGAUCCCUAAUCUCUAUUAUAAUGGCAUACCUGGCAACGAAAUCUGGUGGGAAUCGCAUUAACAAUUCAAUGAAUGCAAUGCAGAUACUUCGUGUCACAUUGGAUUUCAUUGCCAAUUCGAAAUUAUGGGACCAAGGGCUUUUAUUUCAGCCCCAAGGUGGACAUAAUAUUUCAAAGGAGCAAAGGGGGACAUAUUUAUGGUCAUUUCCUAUAGUUAUAAGUGAUCCAUUUGCCGGCUUUAAUUUGGUGUUCCGCAUGACAAAAAAUGGUUUUCAGGAGCUCCGAGGCGAAGCUGCUUUGGCACUUAUUUGCAUUGAUAAAUGUAAAGAUGGUGGAUUUGAUGAGAUUUUUUUGACCAAGAUUGACUUUCCUGCCAAAUAUGACUGUUGCAUAAGAUUGAACUUGAAGGGAAAUGGUGAAGUUUCUGCUUCAGGAUUUUGCUUGGACGAUGAAUGUUGGAGAUCGUAUGAGCAGAAGGUGCUUUCCCUAAUGCAUCGUGGAUUGACAAAGAGGGCAAAGUUCGUGCGUGUCAUCUGGAGGAACACCACUUUGGAUUGCAACUUUGAGAAUGGGUUGGCAAUUUUAGAUAGAGAGCCACUGUUCAUUGGAAUUUUAGUCAGCUCAACAGAGGAAGCUUUUAAAAAGGCUAUCAUGGGUCCUAGUCCUGAGAAUAAAGAUGAGGCACUUGAAUUCCGUAACUUUUGGGGAGAUAUUGCAACCCUUCGGCAGUUUCGAGAUGGUGAAAUUGCUGAAGCCGUAGUAUGGGAGCACAAAGAAUGGGAAAGGCAUCUCAUCAUAAAAGAGAUAAUUGAGCAUAUUCUAUCUCGGCAUCUUUCCCUGUCAGAAGAAAAUAUCUGUACAAUUGUAGAUCAACUUGAUUUUUCUCUUCUCCAUGGCAAUGGAGAUCCUAAGAAUUUACUUGAUGCAUUUGAUGAUCUGUCAAAGCGUUUGCGUCUUCUCAAUGACAUUCCUCUGAAGAUUUCCAGUGUGCAGCCAUUAGACUCGGCUUUCAGGUUGACAUCUGUCUUCACUCCUACACCCCAUCCCCUAGCAUAUGAAAAAGGUGUUGGUCUAAAACUUCAGAAGUUCACUUCAACGUGUAUACAACCCCUCGAAGUUAUGAUCCAGCUGGAAGGUUCCGGGAACUGGCCGAUGGAUGACGUUGCGAUUGAGAAGACCAAAUCUGCAUUUCUUCUCAGAAUUGGUGAAAGUCUCCAGAGCAAUUGGGGGAUGACAUGUAUUGCUACAGAGAAUGAUGUAGAUGUUUUCAUGUCUGGAUAUGCAUUUCGCCUUAAAAUUCUACAUGAAAAGGGCCUGAGCUUAUUGAAAAGGCAAAUUGGAGGUGACCAGGCGAAGCGGGUGUUGUGUACGGACAAACAACUUUUUCUAUGUGGUCAGCAUUCUAGCAUGAUUAAUGGUUUACAUGGCCGUUACUCAAUAUACGGGCCAGUUGUUCGGCUUGCAAAACGUUGGGUUUCUGCACACCUAUUUUCAGCCUCAUUGACAGAUGAGGCUAUUGAGCUGUUGGUUGCUUACCUCUUUCUGAAUCCUUUGCCAUUUUAUGCCCCUUCCUCGCGUAUCAGUGGAUUUCUAAGGUUCUUACGGUUAUUAUCCGAGUAUGACUGGGCCUUUUCUCCUUUAGUUGUUGACAUAAAUGGUGAUUUGACUCCAGGUGACAAAAAAGAGAUCAAUGAAAAGUUCAUGUUGAGUAGAAAAGGUUAUGAAGAAAACAUGCAAAAUGUAAACCCAGCCAUGUUCUUGGCUACUGCUUAUGACCAGACAUCUGAAGCUUGGACCCGAUCAUCACCAACCCAAGCAGAGCUUAGAAGAUUGAUGGCGUAUGCGAGAAGCAGUGUUUCUUUGUUGACCAAACUCAUUUUACAGGACCAGCCCGAUUCUUACAGAUGGGAGUGCAUUUUCCGUACUCCUUUGAACAACUAUGAUGCUGCUAUUCUUCUCCAUAGGGACAAAAUGCCUUAUCCAAGCCAUCUCCUCUUCCCAUCCGAACUCAACCAAGGGAGACGUGUGGUUUGUGGGAAUGCAAGUAAACUUUUCAAUCCCUUCAUGUUACCUGAAGACAUCAAAGGAAGCUUAGAUGAGCUGAAGAAUAAGCUGAUGGUGAACUUUGAUCCUGUUAGGUGUUUUGUUGGUGAUCUUGAGAAAAAGUUUCCCAACAGAUUCAAGGUAUGGUAUGAUUCUUUAGGAGGUGAUGCCAUUGGCCUUACGUGGGAGAAAGCAAUCAAGAAACGGGAACGAGGAGAUACGUGUGAGGAGGAGAAAGAUUUGCUUGAUGCAUUGAAAGCUGUUGGUGAGGUUGGCAAAGGAUUUGUGAGAAGCAUUCAUUUACUCAAGGCCCCAAGGCUAAGUUAACAAAAAUUCAUGUACCAAAAGCCUUAACUUGGAGAAAUUAGUGAAGUUGUAAUCUUAUUUCUUACUUUCUUAUUUGGCAAGUUAUUUGUAGCUUUCAGUCUUAUUUCUCAUUUCCCAUUGUUUAUGUCUGGCCUAACCUCCCAUCCAUUCC